AGUCGAAGUAUCGAGUGGGGCUCCCAUGCUGACUUGUAUAAAAAGGAGCUUCAAGACAUCCGCGAAGCUUCAGUCCUCAUAUCAAGGAACAGCAUCUAUCAUGAGGGCAUUCAUAAUCCUGGCCCUCGCCGCGAUGGCGAUGGCGCGGCCAGAAGCCGGAUACUCUUAUAGCCAGCCAAGCAGUAGCUACGGUGCUCCUUCCGGUGGAUAUUCGCUCGUCGGUGGUGUUGGUGGUAUUAGUGGUAUCAGUGGCAUCUCAGCGGGGCGUCCCAGCGCAGGUUUCGGCGCAGGCGGUGGUGGUUCCGGCGCGGGCGGUGGUUUCGGUGGUGUCGAGACAGCCUCGUUCAGAGCUAAUGCUAACAGAGGUGCUGAUAGCAUUAUCGGCGGUGUCGGCACUGGAGGUAUCGCCGGUAGAGCUAAUGCGGAGGCGGCAGCUGGAUUUGGUUCUGCCACUCAGAUUGUUAGAAAUAUCUAUGUUUACGGACCAUCUAAAGAUCUUGAGCCUACCGCAGGCCGCGGCGCGGGAGCUGCAAUCGUUCCACCACAGAAACACUAUAAGAUCGUCUUCAUCAAGGCACCUACUCCACCAACUCCGACCGUUCCGGUGAUCCCGGUGCAGCAACAAGAUGAGCAGAAAACACUUAUCUACGUUUUGGUCAAGAAACCCGAGGAGGCGCCCGAAAUCAAUCUGCCUACCAUAACGCCCACACAGCCCAGCAAACCGGAAGUCUACUUUAUCAAAUACAAGACUCAGAAGGAAGUCACUGGUGGCAUCGGACCAAGACCCAGGCCGAGUUAUGGGGUACCCGAUGAAUCCGGACCAUACUAGUCAAUUCACCGCUACCCCCAUCGCGACUGUUCCGUCCUACCCUCCCGUUCAUCACACACGUACACGCACUCCGUUCACAUACAUCUAACAUGAUCAACGAUAAUAAUACUUACCGUAUUGACGUAUCACUGUUAUAUGCGCGAUCGCCAAGAAAAGAAGUUGUCAACAAAAUUGAAGACGGCGAUGAUGAUAACGUGUUGAAUACGAUAACGACGACGACGAUGAUGACGAUGAUGAUGAUGAAGAUGAUGGCAAUGAUGAGAAGAACGAUGAUAUCUAUCACAACGACGACCAUUAUAAUGAUGAUGACGAUGAUGAAGAUGAUGAUAAUGAUGAUGAUGAUGAUGAUGAUGGUGUUUUUUUAUGACGACUAGAGCGAAGGAGAGAUAUUUUUUAUUCUUAUUUUUUGCAAGAAAACGGUGGCGAAAUAAACCUUUUUUUAUGUAUUUUUAUAUAAAACUA